UUACUCAAAAUGUAAACAAUGAAGCCUCGUGGCCAUUCAUACGAGUCGUGUAACGGUGACAUUAAUCUUGAAAAAUUUGUAUUUAUCUGGUCACGUGGGUCUUCAGUACCAAACUCAAAUACCAGCUCGUUGAUGUGACCUUUAUUCUGUAUCAAGAGGUCAAGCCAUCGUACUUUUUGGGGAAUUUAGACUGCAGUUUGAGAGUUUUACCUAGCUAGAUCCUGGCAACAUGGGAGACUCCAUCUGAAACUGAACUAUUAACCAAUGUCAUCUGAAGAAUGACUUUAUGGUUGUGCUGCUCCUAAUGUUUUCAUAACCACCAAAAAGGGCAGCAACAUAUUCAUUGGCUAAAUUUUACUCAACAGGUCUACGAGUACGAAGAGAGGACCAACAACAGCAGUGCUGUGUCCAUUUAUUAGUCUUCAACGAAGCAACAGGGCGUCUCAUGAUGUCACGGAAGUUUCGUACUUAUCAACCGGCAGAUCAACUUCAUCUAAGGGCGUGUUUGUCAUCUGUGCAACCUGGUCGCGUCCUGGUCGUCGUUGGUUUGAUGGACUUCCUGACCUUCCUAGCACCUGAUGGAGAAAUGUCUCUGCGGAAUCUUGGUUCUUCCAUGCUUCACUCAAUGGCGCUUGGCGAACCAUGGGGAAUGAUUGCCAUAGUUGGUGAGGAACUGUUAAACAAGGAAGCAACCUCCAAUUUAAAAUACGGGGCACAUAAAGCAGUAGAGAAGAGCAGAGUCGUUGCAGAGACCGUUGCCACCAGAGCCAUUGGUUCCUCAGAGAAGAGGUUGUGGUUAGAGGCCACUUUCUUCAGAGCAGAGAGAGCAGGGAGGAGAUGCAAAGGUACCUUUUCUGAGCUGGGAAAACGGCAGCUGCAUUUCUGUGAUAGAUACGAGGGCUAUGGAGACCUUUGCCGGUGUGACAGACUGUAUGUUCCUCAUGAACAGAUACCACCACCUUCCAUACCCAUGACAGAAGACAUUCCUGUUGUUAUAGUCACUGGCAAACAAAUAGCCUUUCCAAUCUGCUACAGGUAA